AUGCAAAUUUUAAGAUUUCAUCAUUCAAGUGCGACUCCCGUUAAAGAUAAAGUCAUACUGAAGACACCUAUUCCGAAACAACAAUGGGAAUUGAGAAGUGACAAGAUUAAGUUAACUGAAAAGAUUGGUGCCGGUGCUUUCGGUGAAGUGUGGCUUGGAACACUGGAAGAGAACCCGGAUGAUCCUCCACUUCAGGUCGCUAUCAAAUUGGUGAAUGUGAAAACGCGGAUCAGUUACGCAAUCGACGCUGCAACCGGUCUCGCCUAUUUACAUGCAAAAUCGUGUAUGCACAGGGACGUUGCAUGUCGGAACUGUCUUAUCGACGUAUCGAAAGGUAUUGUAAAACUUACCGAUUUCGGUUUGUCAAAGCAAGCAGAAUCCUAUACUAUCCCCAAGGAUGAAAAGCUCCCGAUACGAUGGCAAGCUCCUGAAGUUAUUGCGACACGAGUAUACACAUUAAAAAGUGACGUUUAUUCGUAUGGGGUACUCCUUUGGGAAAUUUUCAACAACGGUGAAGCACCAUAUAAAGGAAUGGAUAAUAAAGCUGUCAGAGAAAAUAUACUUGAUCCCAAAUUCCGUCCGCCAACUGAUGACUCUCUUCCCAUCGUUGUCAGUAAAGUGAUGUUGACGUGUUGGAGAGCAGACCCCGCAAAAAGGCCGACAAUGGCUCGAAUCGUUCAGUACCUUACAAAUGCUCGUCCAGAACAACAUGGCGUACACAGUAUUCUGCCUCAUGAGCUCCUCUCUUACCGUAGAAGAGCUCGUGAAGCAGAAUACCUCGUUAACCAUGCCGGUGUGGACUUCUACCAAGAUCUGAGCUUGCCAAACGAUCGCCAUCUCCAACGCGAGAUGCUCCAUCUGUAUCGCGAGAAUCUCAGAAACGUUUACGUUCCAGAGGAGGUGAAAUGGUCUAGAAAUAAGGAGGAUGCGUACGAAUCCGAAACAGCGAAGGGGGAGAUGGUUCGCUUUUUUGGGCUCUCCAAGACCGUUGCGCGCGCAAACUUCGCUUUCGGACGCGAAUCCAUGGGCCUGGCGCCUCCUGACCCACAUCCAUCUUCUGACCUCUGCUGCAUUGCCAACAUGACUUUUCUACCAGAUCAAAUCAGAUAA